AAGAUGAAGGAGCUGGUCAACCAAGAGGUUGUGAACCAGUGCGGGAUGAACUUGAAGUUUGUGGUGAAGUCCAAGGACCCGGAUGCUGAGAGCAUGUUGUUUGAGAGGGAUCCGGACGAGCCUAUAUCCAUCCUCACACGCAGCCUACCUGAGGAUGAGAUGGGAGAGGAGGAAGAGGACAAGAAAAGACUUGAAAAGGAGCUGGUAGGAUCAACCACUCCUCCCCCCAUCCCCCUGCGAGAGGAGGGGACCCCAGGUGAUGACCACCUUACUGACGCUGGAGCCAACAGGGGAGCGGAUUGGGGACUGAGGCACAGGAGAAGAAGGGUUCCGGGAGUUGGGCCACACUCAUCAGACUUGACCCCUGACCCCUGCCUGGAGCCCAUGUCAGAGGGGGGGUGUUGGGAGUAUGUCCUGCUGUGGUACUACCACCCCCGCUCCGGGGAGUGCCGGCCGUUUGUCUACGGGGGUUGUGAGGGCAACCACAACCGCUUCAACACCAAACACGAUUGUCAGAGGUGGUGUGGGAAAGAGAGGAGAGGUAGGGAACUACUUGGUGCCGGUAAUAGUCUCCAGGUUAGAGUUGACGGGGAGGAAUCCCUCAGUUGACGGGGGACAUCUGGG